CUGUUACCUGUCCAGCAGUCGUCACACCAAUAAAAGCUGUUCUGCUGACUCCUUCCUGUAAAAGGACGUAUGGGUCAAGAUGCACAUAUUCCUGUCAAACCGGAUACACCAGUUCAAAUGGAAAUGUCACGCGAACCUGUUUAGCAUCUGGGCAAUGGAGUAGAAAUGAAAUCAUCUGUAAAGGUAAUCAAACGGCCAAAUUACCCUAGUUGCCGGAAUAAAGAUAAUUUCAAAAUGUAAAAAAAACCGCUCUAUUGUUGAACUAUUUUUGUAACCAUGUACUAAACAACGUAGCACUUUAAGGUUUUAAUUCUGACCUGCAUCAGGUUACGUAUCUCAUCAUUCCUUUCUAUUAUGUUGUAGUUAUAAACUGUACCUCGCUCUCGGUAAAUCCAAAAGGUCCUUUGCGCAUGAGCAGCUGUAGCAAUCAUUACGGAUCAAGAUGUAUCUUCUCCUGUGAUAUUGGUCAUCAGUUAAAUGGUUCAUCAACUCUGACAUGCGUUACCUCUGGUAACAGGCCUCCGGGAUUCUGGGACAACCCUAUGCCUGUAUGUCAAAGUAAGUUUAUAAAACGGCAAUAACGUGGCCUUGUAACGGAUGAAAAUUACACGAGCUUGAUGUUGUGAAUAAACUGUAACUUUUUUCUUUUUUAGUUAUCAACUGUCCUCAAUUGACCACCCCACCUAAAGCCGUACCGCUGACCGUUCCCUGCACCAGUACGUACGGGUCAAACUGCUCAUAUUCCUGUCAAACUGGAUAUACCAGUUUAACUGGAAAUGUUACAAGAACAUGUCUGUCGUCGGGCAAUUGGAGUGGUAGCGAUAUCAGAUGUACAGGUAACUAAUCUCACAUGAAAUGCGUUUUCAAUUUCAUACAUGACCGGUGUAACUUUCAAUGUACCCUCCCACGUGCACGUUUCUAGGGUUCGUCUCGCGUUCCUCCACAUAACAAAGCCCUUAGUUAACCUCAGCAGAAGGCUACUUAGAAUGAUUAGCUUACUUGUUUGUGUUGAAUAGCUCUUCCCAGAUAAAGAAACUCUCUUUGUGGGAUAAUUUCAAACUUUUACCUGUAAUCAAAAGCUGAUUAUCUGUUACAGAUGUUGAUCCGCCAUCUUUUGGCUCAACAUGUCCAUCAAGCCCGCUGAUUACGCAUGCAGAACGAGAGAAAUUUUCAGCCUUGGUGACCUGGACCGAGCCAGUUGCCACUGACAGCACGGGAGUUUCACCGACAGUGACGUCAAAUCACCAGUCGCCAACAAGGUUCAGUCAAGGAACUCACGUGAUCACAUACACAGCUCUGGACCAAUCAGGAAAUAAGGCUACUUGUAGCUUUACAGUUCAAGUGUUAGGUAACAAUAUUAAUCACAAUCGUACGUAUUUCCACCUGACUUGAAAGGGUUCUGUAUCUUUUGGGCAUCAGCUGCCAGAAAGAAGGGAACGAAACGCCGCAAAUCAUGAACGUAAAAAUUCAGAGUCACACAAAGUGAUGUUUGAUUGAAGUUACGACACAAGAAAUGAGAAAAAAUACUGCUUUCUUUCUGCUGGGAAAUAAUCAUAGAUAAAAGCAAUUAUUAAAGUAACUGGCUCCAGGACCGGAGUUUCCAAUCACAGUAAACCCUUAUCAUAUGUAGUUUUUUGUUAACUGUACGGGGUUCUUCUGAUAAUACCUGGACAAUGUUCUGCUGGUAAUUGUGUAAUGCAUCAGGUUAUGUUACUUAUCAUUCCUUUCCCUUAUGUUCUAGUUAUAAACUGUACAUCACUCACCGUAAAUCCAAAAGGUCCUAUGCGCAUGAGCAGCUGUAGUAACCAUUACGGAUCAAGAUGUAACUUCUCCUGUGAUAUUGGUCAUCAGUUAAAUGGUUCAUCAACACUGACAUGCGUUACCUCUGGUAACAGGCCUCCGGGAUUCUGGGACAGCCCUAUGCCUGUAUGUCAAAGUAAGUUUAUAAAACGGCAAUAACGUGGCCUUGCAACGGAUGAAAAUUACACGAGCUUGAUGUCGUGAAUAAACUGUAACUUUUUUCAUUUUCAGUUAUCAACUGUCCUCCAUUGACCAGCCCACCUAAAGCUGUACCGCUGACCGUUUCCUGCACCAGUACCUACGGGUCAAACUGCUCAUAUUCCUGUCAAACUGGAUAUACCAGUUUGACUGGAAAUGUUACAAGAACAUGUCUGUCGUCAGGCAACUGGAGUGGUAGUGAUAUAAGAUGUACAGGUAUAGUAACGAAUGUCACAUGAAAUGUGUUUCCAAUUUCAUGACCAGUGUAACUUGCAAUGUACCCUCCCACGCGCACGUUUUUAGGGUUCGUCUCGCGUUCCUCCAUAUAACAAAGCCCUUCGUUAAACUCUGCAGAAGGUUACUUAGAAUGAUUAGCUUACUUGUUUGUGUUGAAUAGCCCUUCCCAAAUAAAGAAACUCUCCUUGUGGGAUAAUUUCAAACUUUUACCUGUAAUCAAAAGCUGAUUAUCUGUUACAGAUGUUGAUCCGCCUUCUUUUGGCUCAACAUGUCCUUCAAGCCCACUGAUAGCCUUUGCAGAACGAGAGAAAUUUUCAACCUUAGUGAACUGGACCGACCCAGUUGCCACUGACAGCUCAGGAGUUUCUCCAACAGUGACCUCAAAUUACCAGUCGCCAACAAGGUUCAGUCAAGGAUUACACGUGAUCAUAUACACAGCUGUGGAUCAAUCAGGAAACAAGGCUGUUUGCAACUUCACAGUCCACGUUUUAGGUACCAAAUAGUCACUUCCACUUCAAAACUUUUAAAAACAUCAAAAGCUUGUGAGGGAGAAAAGAAAGGUAGCAGUUUCGAAAUACAUACACCCUCUCUCUUGGCAUCAGACCAAAGACUCUUGCUGCUAAUUUGGAAACAUUUACGUUAUGUUUUCCAGUUAUCAACUGCACGUCGCUCAGUGUAACCCCUGGAGGUCCUUUGCGCAUGAGCAGCUGUGGUAAUCAUUUUGGAUCAACAUGUAACUUCUCCUGUGAUAUUGGCCAUCGGGUAAAUGGCUCAUCAACAUUAACAUGCGUUACCAUUGGUAACCGGCCUCCGGGAUUCUGGGACAGUCUUAUACCUGUAUGUCAAAGUAAGUUUAUAGAACGACAAUAACGUGGCCUUGGUGCGGAUAAAAAUUACACGAGCUUGAUGUCUUGAAUAAACCCGCAACAUUUUCAUUUUCAGUUAUCAACUGUCCUCCAUUGACCACCCCACCUAAAGCCGUAUCGCUGACCGUUCCCUGUACCAGUACGUAUGGGUCAAACUGCUUAUAUUCCUGUCAAACUGGAUAUACCAGUUUAACUGGAAAUGUUACAAGAACAUGUCUGUCUUCAGGCAAUUGGAGUGGUAGUGAUAUCAGAUGCACAGGUAACUAAUCUUACAUGAAAUUUGUUUCUUGUUUUAUAAACAAAAAUGCCUGUAGUGACAAACUAGUUAUUUUGGGGUUUUGCUGAUAGACAAAAGCUAUCGUAGGGAGACAUCUCGUUAAAUUGUAAUUUCUUUGAGGAAUAGCUGUUAAUAUAUUUCAGAUAUAUUUCCGCCGUCAUUUGGCUCAUCAUGUCCCUCAAGCCCGUUGAUAUUCUGCGCCGAACGAGAUAAAUUCUCAGCCUUGGUGAACUGGACCGAGCCAGUUGCCGCUGACAGCUCAGGAGUUUCCCCCUUAAUGAUGUCAAAUUAUCGGUCGCCUGCAAGGUUCAGCCAAGGAACUCACGUGAUCACAUAUACUGCUGUGGAUCAAUCUGGAAACAAAGCUACUUGCAACUUUACAGUUCAAGUAUUAGGUAAGAAUAAAUCAGCCAAGGAAACAAAGUAAUGCAGCAAAUAAUUAAUUGCUUCCCUGUUUCUUUAUGUUCUAGUCAUCAAUUGUACAUUGCUGUCAGUAAAGCCUAACGGGCCUUUGCGCAUGAGCAACUGUGGUAAUCAUUACGGAUCAAGAUGUAACUUCUCCUGUGAUAUUGGGCAUCAGUUGAGUGGCUCAUCAACAUUAACAUGCCUCGCCUAUGGUAAUCGACCGCCAGCAUUUUGGGACAAACCUCUACCUGUAUGUCAAGGUUAGUCUCGACAAGACGAGUUGUUCUUUGUUAGAUUGAAAACUAUACCUUAUUUCGCUACCCACCACUGGUUUCCCCGCGAAAUAACGUCUGAGGAAGAAGGGCAGAAAAUUGCCUCAUCCAAUCAGAAGAACUACCCAGAUCUGGGUGGUGACAGGUCAUCAGUAUGGAAUUUUUGCGCUCGUUCCUCAGACGUCGUUUCGCGGGAAACCAGUAGUAGCGUCACAAAAUGUCGGCUGUUAUUUCAGGCUAUUUAUUAGUUCUCAAUUGCUAUUUUUUUAGUUAUCAACUGUUCUCAGCUGAUCACUCCAGCUAAAGGGGUUUUGCUGACCGUUCCCUGCAAGCGAAGUUACAGGUCAAACUGCUCAUAUUCCUGCCAACCUGGAUAUGCCAGUCUAAUCGGAAAUGUUACAAGAACAUGUUUAUCGUCAGGAAAAUGGAGUGGUAGCAACAUCAAAUGUACAGGUAGUACAUUUACCAUUAUCAUCCUAAACAUAAAUAAUAAUAAUAAUAAUAAUAAUAAUAGCAAUCUUUAUUGGAGAAUAUCUAAUCUAGUUCAGUCGCAAGUGCUUUACCGAGGGUCCGCCUACUGAAUUACAAAAUUACUUAACACUAAUACGAUAACGAUAUAACAAAACAAUAAGUUUAAUAUGUAAAGAGUCUAUGACUAAUAUCCAUAGCUACAAAAAAUGGAAAUGAAAAUAAAACGUUACUGUCCAUAAGGUGCAUUAAACGAAUAUUUUUUAUACCUCUACUCGCCUGCACUUCGUGUUAGAAUUGUUAAUUCCCUAACCUCAAUAUAAAGUAACACCAUAGGGUAACAAAAAACGUUCCAGCUGCUAAUAACACAGUUGCACGCACCAGCCAAAUCUCUCUUAAAACUAGAAUUUAUUGUAUGACUAUUAUAUGGAUUUCAGAUGUUGAGCCGCCAUCAUUUGGUUCUUCAUGUCCUACUGGGCCGCUUGUAGCAUACGCUGAAAGAGAAAGGUUCUCAGCUUUAGUGAACUGGACGGUGCCAGGUGCCACUGACAACUCAGGGGAGGUACCUACAGUGACGUCAAAUUUCUAUCCACCUCGAAGGUUCAGCCAAGGAACUCACGUGAUCACAUACACAGCUUUGGACCAAUCAGGAAACAAUGCUACCUGUACAUUUACAAUUGAACUCACAGGUAACGAAAAAGUCUCUGGAGACGUAUUUUAUGACACGUGUUAUCCAAAUUAAGAUGUUUGUGCGAAGUAACGACUACAAAAACUAAUCACCGGUGUUUAUUAUCAUUAUUUUUUUUUUUGCAGUUAUCAACUGCACUAUGCUGACUGUAGAUCUUGGAAAUCCUUUGCGUUUGAGCAACUGUGGAAAUAAUUUUGGAUCGAAGUGUAAUUUCUCCUGUGCGAUCGGUCAUCGUUUGAACGGUUCAUCGACAUUAACAUGUGUUGCCCCUGGUAACAGACCUCCAGGAUUCUGGGACAAUUCUACACCUGUCUGUCAAAGUGGGUUUGGAUCAAUUUAGGUUUGCAGGAACUGUCCACCUACCCCUCCCCUAAGCGAACAUUUUGCCCUACGUAAAAGAAGUAGAGAAGUAAGUGUUAAUGCUGACUAAGGGGAGGGAUAGGUGGUCAGUUCCCGAAAACCUAAAUUGAUAGUGUGUUACUUUAAUGAUUAAAAGACGUCCUUGUUGUAGUGUGGUUUUCAGUCAUUUCAUACUCACCCAUUUAUAAGUUGAAAUUUAACCUUUUCGCCUCUCUUUUCUAUUUGUUACAGUUGUCAAGUGUCCCACGUUGGUUAUUCCCCCAAAAGCUAUACUGUCGACCAUUCCCUGCACCACGACUUACGGGUCAAACUGUUCCUUUUCUUGCCAAAGUGGGUAUUCAAGCUUAACUGGGAAUGUCACAAGAACCUGUUUGGCAUCUGGAGAAUGGAGUGGAAAAGCUAUUAACUGUACAGGUAAAAAAAUAUAAACCACCUUAUUAAGCUUCUGUCAAUAUUUAUAAAACCACAAAAGUUAAGUGGAUAUCUUGAUUUUAAACAUUACUUCUUCUGUCAUUUAUCCUUCAAUCAGGCGGUGUAUGUAGGUAUAACAUUUCUGACUAGUUUUAGUAAACCUACAAUUUUCGUCGUCGUACAUUAUCGACAACCUUAGUGCCAAGGGAGGAUUCAUUUGCAGCAAACUUGAAAAGCCAUCAAAUUUGCCCGGUUGAAUUAUUAUAAGCUUAAAGACAACAAAACAUAUGUUCUAGAUAGCAAACUCGACGCUAAACGCGCAUGAUAAUAGAGAGGAAUCCACGGUAAGUGUAAAGCUUCUUCCUUUGAGGCGUUGGGCGCAGUAACUCACUCACUCACUUAAUUUCUUCAUCCUCUCUGGCACAGUACAGAAGGGCAAAAUAAUACGUCGCCACUUAUCCUUGUCCUGAGGUUUGGCCUGCCCCUCACCCCACGUUCAACUCAUUUUCUCCAGCUCUUCACCAUUCUCUGCCAGUUGGUUUUUAGCUGGCUUCUUUUCCAUCUCGUAGUUUGAGUCUAUCUCGUGGUAUCUCUAUUACUUAAUUAAUAGUCUGGGCAAUUAUUAAAUUAACUUAAAAAUGCGUUUGUAUCUCAGAUGUUGAGCCUCCAUCGUUUGGUUCUUCAUGUCCUACUGGCCUAGUGAUAGCAUAUGCAGAAUGGGAUAAGUUUUCAGCCGUGGUGAACUGGACCGAGCCGGUUGCUACGGACAACUCAGGGCUGUCACCUAAAGUGACGACAAAUUAUCAUUCACCUCAAAGGUUUGGUGAAGGAACUCACGUGAUCGUAUAUAAUGCAAUGGACCAAUCAGGAAACAAGGCUACUUGCACAUUUAGAGUUGUUGUGACAGGUAUAACAAAUUAUCUUGUUGGUGUCACGUACAUUAUGCUAUUUAGCCUGCCUCGUACCUCGUUCCCAGACGUCUUUCUCUCGGUGAAAACUUGCGUGCAAAGGAAAGCGGAAAGGAGAAAACGAGCGAUGCCCUUCGUCACACGUCACUUACCUUUCGAGCUCGCCUUUCUGCGAAAAACGAAGCGCCUGAGGAGGGGGCAGCUAUUUAGCUCCUUACGAGAGAAACCUCUAUCAUUUUAAUGACUUCAUGACGGCAAUACCUCAGGAAAAUGGUCUGUUGUAUUAUUUUCUUUCAGUUAUCAAUUGCACGACGCUGACAGUAGCUUCUGGAGGUCCAUUGCGCAUGAACAGGUGUGGGAAUCAUUUUGGAUCAAAGUGUAAUUUCUCCUGUGCGGUUGGUCAUCGUUUGAAUGGCUCAUCGGCGCUAACGUGUGUUGCCCCUGGAAACAGGCCUCCAGGAUUCUGGGACCAUCCCAUGCCUUUCUGUGAAGGUUUGUCUUACUUAUUCCUUUAUCUUCAAGCCACUAGCUUUUUAGUUUUAAACACCAGAAGGGUGUUUGAUGUCUUACUCAAACGCGGAAAAGUGCUCAGGGUGCCCAGUCUCCUUUAGAAGUUACGAGUUUGAAAUAGCUGGUCUAAAAAGCGAUAAAUAAAAAAAGGUGACAAGCUACGCGCUUUGAAGUCAAUUUAUGAAAUGUUUGUUCGUCGUUAAUUGGUUACCUUGUAGCGUUUUCGAGACUUUUGGAUACUGCAUGAGACACCCUGAAAAGUUCGUACCGUUUUGACACGGUCGCAUUUUCAAGUUUUCCAGAAAUCUUGUUUCAUUUUUGUUUAUCUAGUUAUCAACUGCCCUGUGUUGGAUUCUCCGCCAAAAUCGGCGCUAUUAACCAUUCCCUGUGUAAGAACUUAUGGAUCAAAGUGUUCGUUCACCUGCCAAACUGGCUACUCAAGCUUAACAGGAAACGUGACAAGAACAUGCUUGGCUUCUGGACUCUGGAGUGGGAACAGCAUUAACUGCUCAGGUAGAAUGACUUCCUUGUUUUAUAUCAACCAGAACCCAGUUGUUCAAAAGAUGGUUGGUGAUAUCCACAGGAUAAACCUCUAUCAAGUGAAGGCGUGCAAUUGGUCUGCCCAAUCGGCUUCUCCACUGGAGAGAGAUUUAUCCGAUGGAUAGCGCUAUCCAUCUUUUGUGCAACUGGGGCCUGAUCUGGCCGUAGGUGAUACAUACCUUUUGCACAUUUUAAGGUCCUUGAGAUAAAUAAGUGCGAAAAAGAGUCCUCGAUGUUUCACUAAGCUGUUCGUUCGUUCGUUUGUUUGUUUGUUUGUUUUUCAGACAUUCUCGCACCGUCUUUCGGUGUAACAUGUCCUUCUGGGCCUCUGUUAGCGUACGCCAGACGAGACUCGUUUUCUGCAUUAGUCAACUGGACCGAGCCAGUUGCUACUGACAAUUCAGGGGUCAAACCUAGAGUGACGUCAAAUUACCAAUCGCCUCAGUGGUUUGGCCAAGGAACUCACGUGAUCAGAUCCACUGCUGUGGACCAAUCAGGAAACAAGGCUACUUGUGUCUUUGCGGUGACAGUCAUAGGUAAUGAAAUGUUAAAAAUUUUCUUAAAGAGUUGUUAUGGUUAAGACUACUACUAGCCAAGAUUUGAGAUUAGAAAGCAUUAUUGUUGUUAAUGGUCACGUAAUUCUAAGUGACCAGUGAAGUUGGUAACUUAUGGAAGCCUCAGGAUGUAACGAAUCAGAGCGCAGGGUCACAUGAUGUGAGUUCUUCGCUUUGCUUGGCUACAUUUAAGGUGUUUCCCUUCACUACAUUUUAGUAUACUGUAUUUGUCCGGUAAUAAAUUAAAGAAUCUAAACUUAUUUUCACAAAAGAGUCGAUGUGAAAAUUCAAUUGAUACACUUAGCUUUGUGAUUGUCCUUAUUGCUUCUUUGUACUUAGAACUUGUGGUGAGAAACAUGGAAUUUGGUGAAUUUACUUAUCAUUGUUAUUUUUUAUCAUUAUUAUUCAGUAAUCACGUGUACACCAAUGACAGUAGAUCCUAAGGGUCCACUACGCAUGAACAACUGUAGCUACCAUUACGGCUCAAAGUGCACCUUUUCCUGUGCUGUUGGAUAUCGCUUGAAUGGCUCAUCUACAGUCACGUGCGAUGCCCCAAGAGAGAGACCUCCGGGAGCAUGGGACAACCCUAUCCCUAUGUGUCAAGGUAGGGAAAGCUGCAGUGGCGGAUCCGGACCUUGAUGGGAGGGGGGAGGGUGGGGAGUGGUGUCGUCCAGACCUUCAGAUAAGGGGGAGGGGGGGUGGUGUCGUCCAGACCUUCAGAUGGGGGAUCCGGGGUGGUGUCCUUCAGAUGGGGGGGGGGGGGGGAUGGUGUCGUCAGACCUUUAGACCCUGUCGUCCAGACCUUCAGAUAAGGGGGAGGGUGGGGGGUGUCCCAGACCUUCAGAAAGGGGGGGAGGGUGAGGGUAAGUCGUCCAGACCUUCAGAUAAGGGGGGACCCGGUCUAAAAAAAAAUAAGGGGCCCCCUUAGCCCCUCCGCUGGAUCCGCCACUGGGUAAGCUUUAUUUUGUUGGUGUUGUCAUUUACUUUAUCUUUGUCAUUGUCAUUGUCAUGGUGUUCCUCUCUUUAACAUAAUCAUGAUCGUUAUUUAUGAACAUAAUUGUCAUAAUCAUUUCGAUUAUUAUCACAAUUAGCUUAUUUAUGCUCAUAAUCCGAGUGAUUUUAGUCCUGAAUAGGACUAUUUGUUGGCAGUAAAUGACAUUUCUUUGGACACCUUGCGUGGAAGUUAUCUUUAGGGUCAAAGUGAUGAAUUAUACAUCUUCAUUUGGUGGCGGUGUUCGUUUUAAGGGAGCUUAAGCAACAGCGUUUUUGAGCGAUGGACGUCGACCGAAAGUGGACUUUUUCAUCAUUGGGCGGUGCUUUGGUUAAAACCCUCGGGUAAAUCGUCUUUUUAAGAGAAAAGAAAUUUAGAAGGCCUCACUUCCGGUUGAAGUGCGUCGCUCAAAAACGUCUUUCUUAUCAUUAUUAUCAUCGUCAUCAUCAUCGUUGUUAUCAGUUAUUUAAAAAAAAAAUCGUUUCUUUAUCUUCGUUAGUUAUUCGAUGCCCCUCGCUACCUAUUCCAGCCAAUGGAGUAAAGACAGGAUGUCGUGAUCCUCUAUCAGAGCGUUAUGGUACGAUUUGCAGUUUCUCUUGUAAUAUUGGCUACAACCUGACCGGUUCAUCAAGGCGUCAGUGUUUGGAAAAUAAGACUUGGAGUGGAAUCACAUCCUCUUGCCAAGGUGAGCAGACUGUCCAUAGGUUGCCUUUUUUUGUACAAAUUGAGGGGAUAAAAGACCAUCCUGGUACCAUAGAUUAAAUGACAUCAUAAAUUAUCAUGGACAGUUGUUGGUCUCGUUGUCCUGCGCGAUAUCUUAAUAUAGUCCAUUGUGGUGUUAUAGAAAAGAAGGAUGGCGAUCAUUUUAAAUUUUACUAACUAUUGGAUUUUUCAGAAUAGUCCUAGAGUUGAACGUUUCUUUUUUUUGCCACGCGUCAAAAAAUAAUAUAAGAUUGAUCACUUCGCUGCACUCGGAAGGGUUUAAACCAUGUGAAAAUUAAUUAGUAUCGUUAAUGAAAUUUCUGACCCCACUUUCCUGAUCCAAGCCUGUUGAAAAAAUACUUGUUUCAUUUUUUUUCUCGUCGAGUAAAUACCAGGGCGCCGCUAUACACUAUAUAUUAUGAUUAUCUAUUUAAGUAUAUUCAUAAUUUUAUUGUUUUUGUAUUUCGGAUUUUAUGCUAUACACACCACUAGGUUGUAGCUUUAACUGUCACCGUCUAUUUGAAAACAAGUUGUUGAUGUUGUCGAUCAAAAAAAAAAUUCAACUAUUGUUCUCUACUUUUUUUUUAGUGAUAAACUGUAGUGCACUCACUCCACCUGCCAAUGGUGCCGUGUCUCCACGCUCCUGUUUAACAAGAAGCACCUAUGCUCAGACCUGCAGCUUUUCUUGUGUAACAGCAGGAUACGUUCUUGAGGGAACUUCUGCGAGGGCAUGUGGCGGUGAUGGAAAAUGGUCGGAAAAGAACGACACACUUUGUAAAG